CGAGUUUGCGCUCUUCCUCCUGCCCCCGUAGGCCGGACCGCGGCCGGGCUCUCGGCGGUGCAGGUGGUGGGAGCCCAGCUGCCCGGGAAGAUGCGACUGGGCUGGAGCAGAGCUGGAUGCCAUACUUGGGUGUGACCCCACUGCCAAUCCUAGGAGCACGAUGGAGAGUUCAGAGCAGGGAGAAGUGGGGGAGGUUGUAGAGGACGGCGACAGUGAGGCUACUGGCGUGGAGGGAGACACCCCGGAGUCCCAGUACACAUGCAGCCAGGAGCUCUUCUCAAGCCAGGAGGAGGCUAGCCAGUUGCAGCAGCUGGAAGUUGAUGUUGAGGAAGAAGCUGAGGAUCGUGCUCGGGUGACCUUGACUACUGCAGCCGGAUCACCGGUCUCAUGUAGGUUGCAGAACUUGAGACGGAAUCCUAGAAAAUCAAAAGAGGAAUUGAUCAAAUCUGUUAUGCGCCACUACAACAGAGAAAGUAGGAAGACACAGGAAUGGAGAGAGAGAACCUAUGAAUGGAGAAACAGUGUACAUGAAUGGAGGCAAACAGAAAGCAGGAGAAAGGAAUUGUCUUCCAAAAAAACCACAAAGCAGAUGAUAAGCCUCCUGGCUCACCAAACUGAGUCUUUCGAGUCUAUUGUAGCCAUGCAGACAAAUAUGUACCGUGGUAACCCACAGCCCUCCCAAAGCCCUCUUCCUUGUUCCCCAGUAUUUCCACAAAACACCUUUCUCCAGCAGCCAGUUCCUUAUUAUCCCCAGCUGCCCCCAACACCUGUACGAUCACCUACCAGCCCUGAUAACUAUAAUUCUUACCGUGUUCACUCCACCCCCAUUAUUCUGCAGCAUAGUAAUCCUGAAGUGCAGCAGACAUUGAAUAGUGAUCAAAAUAGGACAUAUUCAAACCUGUGAAUGUACAGUCCACCCCUCCAACCCCCUUGCCUGUUAUGUACUGUAUGUUGAAUAAAGGUUUUUUUUUCUA